AUGGGCAAUUGUUUCUCGUCCACAGAGGAGAAGGAGGCAAAGGAGAGGAGUACCAACAUCGACAAGCAGAUCGAAGAGGAUAGCAGAAAGUUCAAAAAGGAAUGCAAGAUCUUGUUGCUGGGUGAGUUUGCUGAUGUGCUGCAUGGGCGCUGCUUGAGAGUCGAUGGGAAGAAACCGGACAUAGAUCAUAGCCCAAGACUUUACAUGGGCGCAUGAAGGAGAGGAGGCUUGGCGCUGUUCGAUAGCUGCGAACGGGCCGUGGCGGGAGGAUGAGUGCAGGUGCAGCGGUCGGAUGGCUCCCAGCACCACGACUCGCGCGGGCAGCUGGAUAAGUGCUCAUGCCACGAUUGCCUUCACCUCACUCGCAGGUGCAGGAGAGUCGGGCAAGUCGACGGUGGUGAAACAGAUGAAGAUCAUCCAUCAAAACGGAUACACACCGGAAGAGUUGAUGUUGUACAGAUUAACAGUCAUCAAGAACUUGGUGGACAGCGCGCAGGCGAUAGUCCUAGCGCUGCGCAAGUUCAAGCUCGAACCUGAGGUGCCUGACAAUAGGGUGAGUGGUGACGUGGCACUCCUGAGAGCGUUGGACGCACGGGGUCAGCCGCAGCUUACUGAGCCAGAGCCUCUUGCUCGGCUCGAGCAGGAAUCGGCAGAGCUAAUCUUGCAAUACCGGGUGGAUGCGGACCCGAACACAUCUCUGGAGCCAGCGAUGGCAAAGGCUGUGGAAGCCUUGUGGGCAGAUCCGAUCGUAGCUACGGUAGUGGACCGAAGCAGCGAAUUUUAUCUCAUGGACAGCGCGCCAUAGUGAGUCGCUCGAUGCAAGAGAGGCGAGACGAAGCGCAGCGCUGAACAGAUGACCGCACGCACGCUUCGGACGCAGUUUCUUCAACAAUGUAUCACGGAUAGCAUCGCCGGACUACAUACCGAACGAAGACGACGUGCUGAGAGCGCGGUCAAAGACGACGGGCAUCACUGAGACGCGCUUUAACAUGGGACAAUUGUCCAUUCAUCUCUUCGACGUUGGAGGGCAAAGAUCAGAACGGAAAAAAUGGAUCCACUGUUUCGAAGCAGUCACCUCCAUCAUCUUUUGCGUCGCGCUGAGCGAGUAUGAUCAGGUACUGUUGGAGGAGAGCGGACAAAAUAGGAUGGCAGAAAGCCUGGUCCUGUUCGAGAGUGUCGUCAACUCCCGUAAGUCGCUGCAAGUGUCUGAUUCGGCGAGUGCUUGCAUAGCUCAUCGCAAACGUAUCCAUUGUCUUGCCGCACGCAGGCUGGUUCUUGAGGACAUCGAUCAUCCUUUUCUUGAACAAGAUCGACAUUUUCAAGCAGAAAAUACCUCGGCAACCUCUUGCCAACUUCUUUCCGGAAUAUAGCGGAGGUGCAGACGUGAACAAGGCGGCAAAAUACAUCCUUUGGAGGUUUACGCAGACAAAUAGGGCGAGGCUCAGCAUAUACCCCCACUUGACUCAAGCCACCGAUACCUCCAACGUUCGGCUCGUCUUCGCCGCAGUCAAGGAGUGAGUAGGCGACCAGUUGACGUCGUGCGACCACGAACGUCUAGGCUCAUUGCCGUGCACGGACGUCUCUUCACCAGAACUAUCCUGCAAAACGCCUUGUCUGCUUCGGGCAUUUUGUAG